AAUUAAUUGGGCUACUUCUCGUUGAAGCUUCUAGAUUCGCAGCCCAAACCCUUCCUAUUUAUUCCCCUUCUUAUUUAUUCUUAUCCUUCGUGGAAGUUUCGGCACCGCAUCAGGGAGCAAUCUCGAAGGCGCAGUAGAGAGGGUUAGUGUUCCAUUAGUUUCCCGAUCUGUUGUGACUUCUUAUUUAUUCCCAUUCUUAUCCCUUCGUGGACGUUUCGGCACCGCAUAGAGGAGCGAUCUCGAAGGCGCAGCAGAGAGUUCAAGCAUGUCGGCAGCAAAAAUUAUAGGAGCUAUCGCGGGAUCUGUAACUAUUUCAUACGUAUGCCAUACCUUAAUUUCUGACAAAAAGAUAUUUGGAGGUACGACUCCAAAAACAGUCGCCGACAAGGAAUGGUGGGAGGCAACUGAUAAAAAGUUCCAGGCCUGGCCUCGUACCGCCGGACCGCCCGUCGUCAUGAACCCAAUUAGCCGGCAAAACUUCAUCGUUAAAUCACCUGAAUCGUGAAGCAAAUGGUAGCCACUCAACUUUUCCCGCACCGAGUUUUGCUAAACUUCGGGUAGCAAGUUUGAAUUCUAAAGUGGUGCUGAACUUUAGGUUUGAAGUUUUUCAAAUUUAACCUGGUUAUGUUUACUUUUAACACUGCAUGGAUUGCUGGAGAUGUGCUUUGGUUGUAAUAAUACUCCAGAAUGAUUUCAGUUUUUUUUCCCGAUGAUCUCAUAUUACGACAA